AUGAUUAAACCGGCAUUUUUACCGCAAGAACCAUCCUUCAUUCCGGCCCCUCAAAUUAUUUCUCAACCAAUCCAAACGGAACAAUUAAUUCCAGCAGAACAGUUUCUUCGCGGAGAACCAAUAUUCAGAUCGGAACCAUUAAUUAGAAGUGAACAAAUCAUAAGAACCGAGCCACUAAUUCGUAGGGAACCCAUUAUCAGAGCACCACAAAUCAUUCGCAACGAACCUAUUUUCCAAAACGGACCAGUUUUCCCUAGCGAAUCAGCCCCAUACACUAUCAUGGUAACACCAAAAGGUUUCAGACCGAUAACUGAAAAAGUACAAAUCUCAUCCGUACCAGUUCAAUUACCUAUACCCGUACCAAACCCACAAGAAAUCUCCGCCACAUUUAACACCGAACCAAUUCAAUUUACUUCCAACAUGAACAAUUUUCAAAAUCCAGCACCAGUACAAGAACACACUCCAGAUCCAUUAACAACCCCAGUAACUCCUCGUAGUCCAGUACCUCAAGUUCCAAAUCGUUUUCCGAUACCUCAACUAAACAUUACAACAAACAAAACAACCAUUUUUAUGACGUAA